UUUUUUUAUAUGUUAGUUAAUGGCGGGCGGUUACAGCGUUGUCUGUCAACAUCCUCACGGUUUUAAGUGUAACUGUCUAAUUGUAAUUAAACAUGUCCAAUGUGCUGGGAAUAUAUAAACGGGGCCAUGACGAGAUAUUUAUGUUCAACUUUCAGGUUGGCUCAUGUUCCCUCCUCUAUGGACAUUUAGGCUUUAAGACGAGGCGGAAACCGAGGAAAAGUCGACGAUGCAGGACGAGGAUGCGGGAAAGGACUGCGGGUGUGAAGUGACCGAGCUCCGUCUUAAGGUGGAGGCCCUGAAAGAGGAGCUGGAGGAGUGCAAAAGCGAACUGGCCAAGUUGCACAAGCAGUUGACCAACUCCGAGAGACUGCAGAGGAGCACCGAGAGCUACAAUGAAGAUCUGAGGAAACAGGUUGACCAACUGAGUGCCGAGAUCCACGAGUGGAAGAAAAAAACUAAAGACAAAGUUCACACGGAAAGUCAGACAGAAGAAUAUGUGUGGACUGAAACAGACUAUUACAACUAUUACUAUGCUGACUACUAUCAGAAUACCGAGGCCGCGGUCUCCCAGGAAAGUCAGGAGGUCACUCCAGCGGUCGACGCAGCUGGUGGAGGUGAAGCAGCAGAGGUUCCGACAGCGGAACACGCAGAGGCCGGUGACGUGUCGGGUCAACCUGACAGCAGCGUGGUAGUCAGAGCAGAGGAGGGCGAUGCGGGGUCCAUUGCGGACAUGUUGAGGGCCACCGCCGAGCAAGCCAUGACAGAGACUGGCUUUGUCUUCGACGAGACAACUGGGAUGUACUAUGACCACGGCACCAGCUUCUACUAUGAUUCGGUCAGCCAGCUGUACUAUGACGCCAACACGGGCAUUUACUACUACUAUGAUGCCGAGAGUGGACGCUACCAGUUUCAUUCCAAAAUCGAGGUUCCUGCUGUGCAAACUGAAGAUGGCACCAGUGAAAAGAAAGGCCGGUGGUUCAAGAGGGGCUUCAAGAAAACAUCCCAACACACGGAUAAGGAGCUCCUGUUUAAUGAGGAAAGGAUGGAAGAAGAUGACCAGCAAGGACCCAAGCGCAAAACUCGACAAAGAUCUGGCAGUCCUGAGCUGUCUCCGCGAGACAAAGACUCCAAACGCCAGGGGGACAGGGACAGGGACAGAUCUUCCUCAAAGAGAAAAAAGCAUAAAAGUUCAAGCCACGAUGAGAAGAGAAGAUCAAAGAAGAAAAAGAAGCGAUCCAAGUCGGCGUCGCGGAAGAAAGAGCGCAGUUCGCCGACUCGGAGCGAUGGUAACAGCGAGCCAGAGGAGGGGGAGCUCACAGAGUCUGAGAAGGAGCAGUGGGAGUCUCCCGCCUCGGCGUCUCCUUCUCCCAGCUCCCCCUGCAAACAGAGCCCACAGCCUGAGAUGGAGGCCCCGUGUCGGGCAGAACUGUGGCCCCCCUGUGUGAGAGUCACAGUGGUUCGAUCCCCAGUGCUGCAGGUUGGCACAUUAUUCAUCAUCACAGCCGACGCUACAGCCACCAUCGGCAGAGAGAAAGACAUGGACCAUGCAAUCCGGAUAGCAGAAAUGGGGGUUAGCAAGUUCCACGCUGAGGUUUACUUUGACCAGCAACAGCAGAGCUACAUGCUGGUGGACCAGGGCAGUCAGAAUGGAACGGUCAUCAACGGCAACAGAAUCUUACAGCCCAAAACCAAGUGUGAGCCACACCCGCUGACGCAUGGCGAUGAGGUCAAGAUGGGAGAGACCGUGCUGUCCUUCCACAUCCACGCAGGGACCGACACCUGUGAUGGCUGCGAGCCGGGCCAGGUGAUGGCUCACCUCAGCAAGCACAAGAGAGACGAGGCGUCAGGGCCCACCCUCAGCAAAGAUGAUAAAGAAGCGCUCAGACAGAAGGAGCUCAAGCAGAUGAAGGCCAAAUAUGGCCUCCAGAGUAACGAGUUUGAAGAGGCCAAAGCCCUGAGAAACCCAAAGUACAAGGACCGAGCCGAGUCCCGACGUCAGACUGUGGGCAGCGAGGGUGUUUUCCAACAAGAUGACGCUCCUGCUUCUGUUCAUGUGGAGAUCAGCGAAGUCAAUAAAGGAAGGAAGAUGCUGGAAAAGAUGGGCUGGAAGAAAGGAGAGGGAUUAGGAAAAGGGGGAUCCGGAAUGAAAGACCCGAUUCAACUUAAGAUCAGGAAGGCCCAGUCAGGACUGGGGGCCUGUGCCACACUGUCGCUGGACGACGCAUCUCUGACUAGAUCCAAAUCCCAGAAGAAUUGGGAGAAAGCGCGUGAGAGAUUUGCAGACAAAUGCCAGGCUGACAUGCCGCCGCCGCCACCCACGACACAGACCAGCGCGUCCCCAAAAACCUGGGUCAAAGCAGAGACCGAGGCCGUGGACCCUCAAACUGGCGUACAUCCGGACGCCCAGACUUGAACGGCGUGCGCGGGUUUGCCAAAAGACGAUCUGACCUCAGCCGUGAUGGACAACUCUACGCUCGUGGUUCUGAGGGUCCAACCAGCAGCAGUUCACUACUGCCACAGUGGCGGCCGUGCAUCGCCCUGAGCAAAUGUUGACACACUCGAGCUCCAUUUCUCACACUGAGGUCAUAGACAACUUGUGGGCGUGCUCAGACGUGCACCGCAACACUUGACUGUAACACGUGACUGUAACACGUGACUGUAACAAUGCAAAAUGUGUUUUUAUUUUUCCUGCUGCACAUAAAAGUUCCAAGAAGCUCACACUGCUUCUGUUGUCGUGCUGCUACUGGUGCUAGCAAGCAUUCAGCCGUGUACCGUUAUGAACACACACACACGCACACACGCGCACACACACACACACACUUUGUGCCAAUCAGCAGUUUGCAGCCUUAUCUGAGUUCAUGUGUGAAUUAUUAGGUCAGCCUCUCCACACCUGAUGAGGAUAUGGUGACGUUUUCCCAUAGAAACGCCGGCUGUAUAUACGCUACAGUUAUGAAUGGUUGGGCUAUUAAAGCAUUGACAUGAUUGCUUCCA